UAUCACGCCACACUACUCUCCCCCAGUUUGAGAGAUCAUAAACAUGAAGCUCAGAGCUUCUUCCAUGGCUGCCAUCUUCACCAUUUCUCUCAUCCUUGUCCCCUACUGUGUCUCCUCCCAGACCUGCCGCAAAACCUGCGGCAAACAGCCGCUGCAAUACCCAUUCGGCUCCGCCGCCGGCUGCGGCGACCCACGCUUCCAAAAAUAUAUAACUUGCAGCCAGGACCAGCUCACCUUGUCUACCCAUUCCGGCUGCUACCCGGUGACCUCCAUUGAUUACCCAAAUCAAGUUCUCUACAUCACUGAUCCAUCAAUGUCAACCUGCUCGUGCACCAACCCGAGCAAAGGCUUCGGCUUGGACUGGGACGCGCCCUUCAGCUUCGCCGACAGCACCAUCUUCGCGCUGCUCGGCUGCUCUGCCACUUCGUCUGUCUACAGCUCCGGAGGCAGCGCCGCGCCGCGCUGUGAUCCUACCGGCGCGCCGGUUUGUAACCUGCUUAAUUCGUGCCAAGCCGUGAGCCUAGUUGAGACGCCAGUUUCCAGCUGCUGCGUCUACACUCCGGUAGAUCUUGGGCCGGCGUUUGAGAUGGAUCUGCAGAAGCUGCAGUGCAGCUCGUACGCCGGAAUCUAUGGCUUCGACGGCAAGAACGACGAUCCUCGCACCUGGAAUUACGGCCUGGCGCUGAAAUACAAGUUUAACUUCAAUAAUGACUAUCCGGGAAUGUGUGCGAGCUGUGAGAGAAGCAAUGGAGUUUGUGGGUAUUCUGGGAACGAUAAUUCCUUCCUCUGCAAUUGUCCGAGCGGUCUCAACAUGACGACGGAGUGUUUCUUUGCUGCGUCUUGGAGCAAUAGCUUGGUUUUGCUUCCAUGGCAAGCUGGGACCUGGUUGAUGUGCGGUUUGGCAUGGUUUAUGGUCAUGCUGUAGAAACAGAAGGUCCAUUGAUGGUGCAGACUGCAGAAAGCAAAUAAAAGUGGUGGGAGUUUGAAUUUUCUUUUUGGGUUUCUUCCUUCUCUUGUUGAGAUCAAUCCUCCAGUGAGAGGGGAACUCUCUGUACCUUUUUGCAUCUGUAAGACUGUAAAUAUGGUGGGAAUUUCUAUCGUUUCUCCAACUCUUGCCCAGUCAUAGUUGAUUAUAUCGAUUGUGAUCCAAAGUCAUAAUUUAAGUUGUAUAAUAAUAGUUCUGUAAAAUUGAAAAAAAAAAAAAUUGGACGAAUA